GUGGAAGAGCUCCAGCGCCGUGCGGCAGAGCUGCGGCAGGAGCUGCAGCAGGUCGAGGCUGAAAUCGAGAGAGAGGAGGCGCUGCUGAGUGCUGGCACGGCGCAAAAGCUCCACCACCGUCCCAGCUAUUCGCUAUUGAAGGGCACCGAGGACGAGGCUCCCCCUAGUGGUCUGGUCCGACAAGUUAGCGAUCAGAACUUCGACGAGAUUUUGAGGACAUUUCCACCUCUGGAGAUCUCACCCAUUGGGUCCUACAACCACUGGGACCGGCGAGAGUGUGCUGUGGCCAACGCCGAGGCCUGGAAGGGCGAGUGCUCCAGGUACCAGAAGGCGGUGCUGAAGGGGAAGGCGCAGAUUCCGAAGGUAAUCCAUCAGAUCUGGAUCGGCCCCAAGGAGCCCCCUUGCCUCUGGAUUGAUACCUUCCGGGUGGAGUAUUUAGCAGCCCAUCCGGGCUGGUCUUUCCAUCUCUGGAGUGACGACGAGGUGGCCAAGCUGCCGAUGAUCAACGACCAGAUUUACCAUCAGGAGAAGAUGUGGCAGUGCAAGGCCGACAUCCUUCGCUUGGAGUUCCUUUGGCACCACGGAGGUCUCUACGUGGAUGCGGACAUGAUCUCCGUAGAGCAGAAAAGCCUGGACCGCAUCCUUGAGCUCGGUAAGGAGACCGGCUGGGUCAUCGCCUACGAACCCGACACCAAAGACAAGCCUUACUCCAUCCUGGGCAACUCUGUGAUUGCGUGCACGCCUCAUCAUCCGCUGACCUUGAUGCUCAUUCUCUUCCUAAAGCAGACGUACCACCAGAAGCGCAACCACAUUGAGGUCUUUGCUGUUACGGGGCCCGUGAUGUACACCAAGUGCUUGGUGGACAGUGGCAUGCCGAUCUCUCUUGCACCACAGGAAUGGCUGUAUCCGGCUUUCCAUUUUGUUCCCAACCCUGAUGCCAUCAACUUCUCGGCGUUUCCAAAAUGUCUCAUGUUCCAGUUCGGGUACACCUGCUCCGGCCUGGAGGGUUAUGUGAAGUCCAAGAACCGCUGCAAGAAGGCCCGCCAGUGCCCCUUUCACUCCAAGAAGGCCUGGCCGCUUGGGGCCUUCAAAGAGCUUCCGAGCAUCGAGGAACUGGAAGCCAAGUUCAAGUCGCAGCGAGCUUCGAUACCGCAAGUCAUCCACCAGGUGAUACCGGCAGGCCUGGACUCACACAACGACCCGCAGAGAUGGAGGCAGAGCUGGUACGACUCGUUCUGCCAGAGCCAUCCCGGCUUCAAGUACAGGACUUGGACGAAGGAACAGCUUCAAGGUCGAAAAUGGUUCUGUGCGAACCUUUAUGUGGAGCCCUGGGACGACCAUGCAGUCACUUCGCUCAUGAUGGAGGUGCUAUUCGAGGAAGGCGGCUUCUACGUUCCGCUCUCCACGUUGCAUCAGCCUGGCUUCAGUGAGGACCACUUCUUCCUAGAGGCAACCACAGAUGAGAUAGAUUACAUCGAGGGCAACGGAGGCGUAGUUGGCGUGGCCAAAGGCUCUCCGGAAUGCUUCCGGCGUCUCAUGGAUCUCUACGACCGCGGUCACGUGCCAGCGAUGGCAACGCCCGGCCCAGAUGGGCCUCGGGUGGUGCAGAUGGGCUUCCGAGACGGACUCGUGUCGCAAGCGCGCUUCUCAGCUCAAACUCAGUACCUGGGAGCACCUCAGGUGAUCGCUUUCAGCAGUGUGUCAGAUAAGCGGCUUGAGCUUUCCACACUGAGCUACGCAUAUGAAUGCAUGGUCCCGUGCCUGGCCGUGCGGGGAAUCCCCGCUAUGAGGGCUGCAGUGGGGGAGAUGGGUCUUUCCUCGAAGUCGGUCUUUGUGACGGACCGGGAGUUCUUUCAAAUGGAUCGCCUUCGACAGGAGAUGCCCGGAUUCCUGGACCAGCUAGGCCCCCACGACUGGGACGCGGUCAUCCUUGGUUUGGAGUGGGACACCGGCUCAGAGGAAGUCGUCAUCUUCGACAUCCUUCCAGGCGGGCGGCCUCGUUCCGCCAAGAUCGCCGGCUUCGUGGCGAACUUCGGCUGCGCGCCCAACGAGGCGGCUUUGCAGGCCGCAUUGGCCAAAUGCCUGGCAGAGGAAGACUUCGAGCCUUCUCCUCUCUUCGAAGCUGCCGGUCAGCUGAAGCUGCGUUUCCUCGCCGAGAAGUAUGCAGGUAGCAUGGAAGAGGCGCGGCUUUUCCGAAGCAUGCCCUUGGUGCACCGUGCCUUCAAGAACCUGGCCGGUCAUGAACCCCCCAUGCACUUCGAGAACCAUGAGCUCCAUGGAAACUUGAUGAAGGGUUUCCAUUCUGGUGGGAACCUGCGGUUCGAGAUGAUUCUGGAGCCGAAUGGUGGAAUCAUGUUCCGGUGCUGGAACGACGACAACUCCACCAACUCGGAGGUGAAGAUGAGCGACAGCGUUGUAGAGUGGCUGAAAGUGUACUUCGAUCACCAGGUUUGCAAGGAAAUCCGGAAUGAACCCGUCCCGUGA